AUGUCCGGCCUCUUUGGGUCGUUAUUCGACCGCCACCAGAGGCCGAGGGACUACCAGGAGCAGAUGCAGCCUCUCUCUCCUCCUGUUCAGCUUGUCGAGACCUCCGAGGACGAGCUCAAGCAGUACGACGGCAGCGACCCCAAGAAGUCUCUUGAUGGCCAACAGGGGGCAGAUCUACGAUGUCUCUCAACGCAGCUCAGAAGGAACUAUGAUGUCUUUCUGAGUUUUAGAGGCAUGGAUGUCCGCAACUAUUUCCUUGGUCAUCUCUACACAGCUCUUGAUCAAAGUGGAAUAAACACUUACAUGGACAGCGAAGAUCUAAAGAAGGGAGAGCAAAUAUCACCCGCACUUAUGGAGGUAAUCAAGGAAUCACAAAUAGCGAUCGUUGUUUUCUCCAAGGACUAUGCCUCAUCACCAUGGUGUUUGGAGGAGGUGGCGAAUAUCAUGGAGUGCAAGGAGCAAAGAGGCCUCAUGGUCUUUCCGGUGUUUUACAAAGUGGAACCUAGAGAAGUGAGAGGGCAAAAACAGGGUUAUGGAGAAGCUAUGGCCAAACAUGAGGUCAAGUUUGGGAAGGAUUCAGAAAAAGUAAAGCGAUGGAAAAAAGCUCUUCAUGACGUCGGUAGCUUGUCUGGGUUGCAUUUCAUCGACGGGUACGUGAAAGCACUUCUACUGCUUCAAUUAGUGUAA